UAGCUGAGAAUCAGAGCUCAGUGAAAUCAAGCAGCGAACGAGAGCAGAACAGAGCGGGUAGCAGGGCUCACGUUGCAGACUUAACAAAAGACCCAGAGUCACCUGAAAGAGAGAUUUCAGCACCUGAGGAUAAUGUGGUGCUCUUUCUGAAGGGUUGUAAAGAACUCGGUUUGAGGACCUCACAGCUGUUUGAUCCAGGAGAUCUUCAAGACCCCUCCAUAAGCACCAAAAAAGGCCAAGACAGCAAGGGGAAGUUAAAAAGUAUUCUGAUCACUAUCUAUUGGCUGGGCCGAGCAGCCAAUAACAUCGCAACAUAUAACGGGCCCACCCUGGACCUGCAUGAGUUUGAAGGGCUGCUGUCACAAAUGAAAAAGGAGGCAGAGGAUCGAGACAGCCCAAAGCGCAGCAUCAGGGACAGUGGUUACAUUGACUGCUGGGAUUCUGAACAGAGUGAAUCUCUCUCUCCUCCGAGACACGAGCGAGACGACUCAUUUGACAGCCUGGACUCCAUCGGCUCACAUUCCUGCCAAACCCCCUCACCCGAUGGCCUGCUCGCCUGUGGCUACAGCGAUGACCACGGGAGCGACUCUGAGUGCGACACCCCCCAGAGGAAGAUGCCAGAUGUGGACAAGGACGACAUGCUGGUGCGUCGAACCUCAUGCAGCGAGCAAAGGACGGCCGUCCCUUUCAACCAGUACCUUCCUAACAGGAGUAAUCAGACUUCAUACCUGCCCACAGCGGUACAACACCCACGUGUCGGCAGAGAGGAGAACCGAAAGAGCUGGAGUAACGCCACCUCACCUGUAGGAGGAGAGAGACCUUUCAGAUUGAGCCGCACAUCUAGUGUUUUUGAUGAUUCUGAGUCUGUAAGUAUGAUUGACAUGAGGAGUGAAGAAGAUUUGUUGCCGCCCCAUAGUCAAGUUCGACAUGAGCUCAUGCACAACCAGUACAACAAUAUGACAGAGGAUGAUGACCGUUGGCAGGAUGAUCUGGCCCGCUGGAAGAGCCGCAGGAGGAGCGUGUCUCAAGACCUGAUAAAGAAAGAGGAGGAGAGGAAGAUGAUGGAGAGGUUGAUGAGUGGAGACAAAUGCUCACAGAGAAGGAAAAGCAUCAAGACGUACAGAGAGAUAGUGGAGGAAAAGGAGCAUCGUGAGAGGGACCUGCAUGAAGCAUACCGGAAUGCCUGUACACCCGAAGAGGCGUCUGCUGUGCUGCAGCGUUACGCCCAACGCUUCACCCUCAGCGAGGCCAUUCUCGAGCGCCUCAAACUCCCCAAGCUGCUGGAGAGGAGCGUAUCAGCCGACCCCACCCGCCACUCCUCCCUGCCCGUCUCCCCUAAUAUUACCUCCAACCUGCUGCAGUACCUGCGACAACAGUCACUCCCCGCUCCCAAAUUCACAUCCACAGUUGAGGCACGGGUGACGUGUUUCAUGGGAGAUGUUGAGAAUGUUGUGGGUCCUGCUCAUUCACUGGAUCCAAUACCACACAGACAGAGUAGAAAUGGCAGCGCUGGUACAGAUAAGGUGGAUGAGGCAAUGUGGGUGAAUGGAGUGAGAGAUGAUGAUGUCCACGGCAUUGAGGAGGAGGAGAGAGGAGGGCCAGAGAGACACAGAGAGGAAGAUUAUCUGCAGUUCUUCCCAUCUCCCUGCCAGCACACAGAGAUUAGACAGACUGAUGCUUCAGGAGUCUCGUCCACACUGAUGACAGAGAUUGAAGGAGAAAUGAUUCCGCUGACAGGUGGCGUUUCUAUAUCCCCAGAAGAGUCUGAACCAAAAACAGAUGUAGCAGAUACAACUGAUGUCAAUCGAAGUGAGUCUGAAGAGAAUGUGAUCCACACCGAUGUUUACGCUGCACAGGUCAAAAAAUUAGCAAUGGAGUCCCCACAGAAAUCAACAAAUGAGUCAGAUUCAUCCAUCCAUGAAUCUAACAGAACCACACCAAUGUGCCAAGUUCCAACAACAGAAAUGGCUGAGCAAGCUGAUGGAAAUGUACCUCCCGCGGUGCUGAAUCUGAUGAAGCAUGCUGAACACUUUUCUUGGAGCCCUGAGGAAGAGCGCAAACGUCAGGAGAGGUGGCAGAGAGAACAGGAACGUAUGCUUCAGGAGAAAUAUCGACGUGAACAGGAGAAGUUGAAGCAGGAAUGGGAGCAGGCACAUAAGGAGGUGGAGGAGGAAGAAAGGCGAUAUCAUGAGGAGGAGCGGAAAAUACUGGAAGAGACUGUGACCCCACUGACCCCUUACACAUCGAUUACACCUUCAGCCCUUGGCAUCACCCAUAGCAUCACCCAUUCCCAGCCUGAGCAAGAGCGCCAGCAGAGGGCACAAGAGACACAGCGCUCAGAGGUCUGCAGGCAAGGAGAAAACAUCAUCGGUGAUGCAGCCCAAAGACAGACGUCUUUACAGAUGACAGUAAGUUCUCCACCCCAAGGCCAUGGGUCUGUGGAUCAGUCCUAUGGCCAGAGAGGACCAGAAGACAAGAACCGAGAGAAACCGACUACAUUGCAGUCUGGUCAUGAUGUGCCACUGAGCAACAGACAACAAUCGCAGCAAGCUGAGACCUGGAAGAAGAAUACAUCACAGACAAAACCUGGUGGACGCAAAAGGUCUGGCUCUAUAGAGAAAAAUGUGGCAAAUUCAUCUAUAUCACCCUCAUUCACAGGCACACAACCACCUAUAUCACCAAACAGGUCUGUCAGUGGAAGGAAGCUGUGUUCAAGUUGUGGCCACCCACUUGGCAAAGGGGCAGCUAUGAUUAUUGAGACUCUCAGCCUUUACUUCCACAUUCAGUGCUUUAAGUGUGGAAUCUGCAAGGGCCAGCUGGGUGACACAAGCACAGGAACAGAUGUGAGGAUCAGAAAUGGACUCCUCAACUGCCAUCAGUGCUAUAUCCGGUCCCGCUCCGCUGGACAGCCCACAACCCUGUGAACUAUUCAGUUUGUGAGCUUAAGAAUUAUACACAACACUUCAUAACAUCUUAAUUCCCAAGUAGGGUUGGGAAUCGAAAAUCAAUUCCAAUUUGAAAUCGGAUUUAAAAGGAUAGGAAUCGGAUCGGAAACAAAAGGAAAGAAUCGGAUACUUGAGAUUAAAAUUUGAAUUCCUCUGAUCAAUUCCUGUGUGCAUGUUUUAAGAAAAGUACAUGCGUUGAGUGAUCUGCUGAUAUCUCAAUAAAAGCCUUUAUGAAAAUUAACAAUAUUUUUUACCAUAGUAAGCAUAGUUUAACUAUAGUAUUUGCAUUAAAAACCGCAGGAACCACAAAUUAACCAUAGUUUCAUUAUAGCUACUACAGUUUAACCAUGAUGUAGUUCAGCUAUGGUAAUACAAAUUGUAAUAAAUCAGAACAAAACAUGGUUCUAUAUGUAUAUAUAUACACAAAACAGUGCUCAUAAAUAUAUAGAUAUAAUUAUAAUAAUCUUAUUGAUAUAAAAAAAUAUCAAUAAGCAGGCUAAAUUACCAUACCGGUUGAUAUCUAAAUGUUUUACUUCAACUGUGGAAUCGAUAAGAAUCGAAAUCGAUAAGCAGAAUCGGAAUUGCAAUCGGAAUCGAUAAAAUUCAAACGAUUCCCAACCCUUUUCCCAAGCACAUUUAACAUGAAACCACAGCAACACUUUUGUUUCCCACUAAAUGCAUAGUGAAAACCAUGUUUUCAUGUUUCUGACAUUGUGACAGACAAAUAAGCAAAUGUUUAUUAUCUGAAAAACAGUUUUAAAGAAUAUGUGACACAAUAAGGAGAAAAAUAAGAAUUGAGCUAUUCAAUCAAGUGGAUAAAUUUUAAAACACUUAAGAUGUGUCUGAAUCAAUCUUUAUCCUGAUUCUGAAAUGUAUUUUAUUUAAAAUGUUUCAUCCAUUUUUUUAUUUGUUUCUCAACUGCAUAAUAAUCCUGCCAUUUAGAAGAUUAAAACAAUUGGAUAUCAAUGUGCCUUAUGAGAGAUGCAAUGUCUGUACAAGAGACAUUGCGACAAGAGUGAAUGAUAUUUUGGAUCUAUAGACUUUGCACACUGGAAAAACUGUUUGAUCAUUUAUUCAUUCUGAACAUGACAAAGCAAUACAAAUGUUUAACACAGUCUUAAGAAUAGGCUUAUAACUGUUUACUCAUUCAUUAUAAAUACUUGACCAGAAUGGGCAUAGGAGACUUUUGGGAUCUGAAAAUUGAUCACUCUCAUCAUGUUGGCUGUUUCUUCUGUUCUUCUGUAAUCAAUUUAUUUAGCCAGUAUUUAUGUGCUUCGGGAGGGUUGUGUAUGUUUAACUUCCCAUAACUUUAGGUUGACAGAAGGUCAAAACAUUUGCCGGUGUAUGAUAUUUAGGAAACAAAGCAGUUACCUUGGAUAAUAUAUAUAUAUAUAUAUAUAUAUAGAGUGAGAGAGAGAGAGAGAGAGAGAGAGAGAGAGAGAGAGAGAGAGAGAGAAUCUAGGGUAUGAUAUUUAUUCAAAUAUACACUAUCCAAAAUAGAAAAAAAUAAUGUUCAAAUGCAUCAGCUGUAUGUUUAUUAAUAAAGUAUUUAAAACAUGUAA